AAAUACCCAAACUUAGGCGCAUCAACUGAGGAGUGAGAAACUGAGAACCAAAAAAACACACACACAAAAGAGAAGAAAGUCGAACAACAAGAACAAAAAUGGAGGAAGGAACAAAGGCCAUACCUCACCAAAUUGGAGGGAUCCACAACGAUGCUCUUCGAUUCGGCUUCCAUGGCGUCAGGAGCGACAUUCUUGAAGCUCAUCCUCUUCAAUCCGCUGUUCUUACUGUGGAGAAAACUCAGCAAGAUAUGAAGAGGAAAAUUCUUUCUAACACUUAUGGCUCCGCUCUUCCUCUUAAGAUGGACCUCGAUCGCCAAAUUCUUUCUAGGUUCCAGAGGCCUCCUGGACCUAUAUCAUCUUCAAUGCUAGGGUUGGAGGCAUUUACAGGAACUUUAGAUGAUAUUGGUUUCGAAGAUUAUCUGAAUGAUCCACGUGAUUCAGAAACCCUGCGAGUUCCAGACAUGCAUCAUGGCAUGGAAGUUCGUCUAGGCCUUUCUAAAGGACCAGUUGGCCCUUCUUUCUUCUGAUUGGAAUCAUUGUUGUUAGAAAUGUUGUCUAAUAGUUGAAAAUGGAUGUACGAAUGAUGUUACAAUUAUUUCUAUAGACAUCUGAAUCUAGUGAGACUUUUUGUUAUGGGAAGUAUGUCAGCUUGAUCGA